CGUAAACGUAAACAACUUAAAUUCAAAUCAAAGAGCUGUAUAUUUGCGCUCCCAAAACCAAGAUAUUACUCUUGGCCGUUAGCCAUAAUUAUCCGUUUCUUUUUAAUUUCUUCAUUUCAAGUAUUUAACCAGGAAAAAUAGCAGCAAAACCAAACUGCCCGGAAGCUAAGGAGAUCUCAGAACAUGACUGCCCAAGGAGAAGGCGGCGGCGCCCCACCAGCUUGUGCGGCCUGCAAACACCAAAGAAAAAGAUGUUCGCCGGAUUGCGCCUUGGCACCGUACUUCCCGGCCAGUCAGCCCAAAACUUUCCUCAACGUGCACCGCCUCUUCGGCAUCAGAAACGUCAUGAAAACCCUGAAACAGGUAGACGAGGACGACGACAAGAAGAGCGACGCCAUGAAAUCCAUCAUUUUUGAGGCCGAGAUGCGGGACCGGUUCCCCGUUCUUGGAUGUGUGGAAUAUAUUUGGUAUCUGAAUCAGUGUCUCAAGGAAGCGGAAGAUGAACUCGUACAAGUGCUGGCACAGCUCAGAUACUACCAGAAUGUAUCGAUAAUGUCAGGUAAUGAUAUUGUUGGACGAGUUUUUGGUUCUGAUGAAGAAACGUAUGAUGAUCAUGAUGAGGAGGAUCGUGAUUCUCCUCCAUAUUCUUCAUUGUAUGUCAAUAACCAUAAGUCCAUAAUGCUAUGUUAGACUACUUUGGUGUACUUUCAAAUGAAUCAAAUCCCACCAUAGAAACAUACUCGC